UCAGAGCAAGCAAGCAAAGGAAAAACGAUGUGCAAAAAAAGUUGAGUGAACUAAGGAAGGAAGGAAGGAACGCGAUAACGAACGAAGGAAGCAAGAAAGCAAGCAAAGAAAAAAGGAAGCAAGGAUUCAAAAAGAAUCCGCAAAAACUGUAGCAACAAGAGAAAACAUCAGCGACCCAGGGUUUGAACUAAGAAACCGCGAGGAGUACCGUUAGAAUGCAUUGCAUCAAUUCCGCAUAUAAAAAACGUUUUUUCGUACGCUUUAAUAGCGUGCCUAAAAGAGAUUAUUGAAUACAAAACGUGUCAUUUGAAGGCGUAAAAAGUGAAUCUUUUGUCAUAAGGCAAACAAAAAAGAAUUCACUUAUAGAAUAAAGUCGCUUUCUCGCUUAAUGAUGCUUUGACGUCUUCCCUAUUCAAAAAAUAUAACAAAGAGACGUGCGUCGCAUGAACAAUCGCUAACUGUAGACCCCUUAUUGACCAUUACAAUACACAUUCUUCGUCGACCAAUCAGAAGUAGACUUCUUAAUAACUCUUUAUCAAAGAAUUAUUAUUCUUAAUUAGCUCUAGGGUAUUUUCUGUGAGUUAUUUAAAUUCACAUAAAAAACCAUGGAACAAUGAGUCUUGUUCAAAAUUUCCAUUUCAUGGAUUAUCCGAGCCGCGUUAAGUAAUAUUUGACAUUGCUUUGUUUACUGAUGGCUUAUGUACUAUUUAAUCAUAAACUCUAGAAACUUGAGAUGGUUUAGCAUUAAAGAGGAACAAGUUUCAACACUGAUGUAAAUCUUUUGUGAAUUCUACUUUAGUUCAAGACAUGUGCGUUUGGAUUAAGAAAUGACUUUUUGAAAUCCCGAGAUUUCUAAUUCUAAGGAUAUGGAGCUUAAAGAUGACGAUGGCACUUCAGAUGGCGAAAAGCGUCUGUCUCUGACCCGUGAAAGGCUUCUUCAUAAACGAUCCAAAACUUUUCAUUCGCUACCCUCAAGAAGUAAUACAAAAUCUAAAAGAACUGUAAAAGCAGAUUCUUCAGAGUUAGAAAAUGUGGUUAGAUUUGAAAGAACAAGACCAUCAAGUUGUGUAACAGUUGAUUAUGAAUCAAAACAGAGAUUGAGGACAUCCAGUAUACCGUUACUACGACCAAAGACUGUCUCGCUCACCGGUAAAUUUAACAAGAACGGAAAGAACCAUUUCCAAGUGCUUGGCACAGAGAUUUCUUUUGGAAAAAAUUCCAAGCAAAACAACGAAGAAAAUAAAGAAUUCUACUCGAGUUUUUAUGGAAGACGAUCGCGAAGACGUACGAACUCAGCAGCUUCAAAUAGGAGUAGAAAUCCAAGUUUGGGAUCGUCUACAGAGGUGCUUUCUGCGCGCUCGAGGUCAGGCUCCAAGACGGCCUUGUCUAGAAUUCCUGGCUUAAUCAAACUCAACAGUUCUUGUGAUAUGAAAGAUUUUAGCGAAGUAGAAUACGACGAUGAUGACGAAGAAAGACGUAAAAAGCUAAGAGAAAGGUUCAGGCAUGCAGUUCGUCUAGUCAGCAUCUUCAGUGUAUUUUGUAUUGGAAUCAGAAAAUACGCCGAGCAAGAAAAAAGUGGAGAAUACGACAUGUAUUAUUUGAGAGACAUGUUGCCUGACAACGAAGAUAAACCUACACCCGUGCAAGAAUCUUCACUGUAUUUCAAUAAACACUUGUUUUCGAGGGAUAACACGCUCCACUUUCCAUUCUGGGCUCGUUGGAUCUGUGCCCAGGAUCCCUCAGACAGAACCGACGCAGAGAUCAACAAACUUGUUACAUUACUUCGAGGAAUCAAAAGCUUUAAUAAAUUCUCACGUGAAGCGCAGUGGCAUCUCUGUCGCACUAUGACCUAUGAGAUUGCCCUGAUGACAGAAGACGCUUGCCGCACAGCGACCAUCAUCUGCCGCGAAAGAGUCGAGGUUCUUGUAGUGAACAGAGAAACUGUUAUGGAACACUGUCCUGACGUUUUUCAGAAAGAGUUUCAGGAAAAAAUGAGUAUAUUAAAAUCUCACGAUCUCUUUCAAAGAUGGGAUGAAAAACCACUGAAGCAGCUUUGCUUCGAGUCACACAUUAAAGAACUCGCACAUGGUAAGCUGGUAGAUCCUGACUCCACAGCAUCAGAUGCCGUACAAUUCAUCUUAAGGGGUAAAAUCGACAUGCUUCGCCGGCUAGACCUGAGUGCCGUUCUCGCCUCCAAAGCAUCCAUAAGCCUUUGCAAGAAGCUACCUCUACCAAGGCCCACAUCCGCCAUUCCCAGGAAAGGAAAAUCUGGUGUAGAAUACGUCAGUGUUGGAUCGCUGUAUAAGAACGAUGCUUGGGAUCUCCGAACAGUUUUCCCUAAUGUAUUUAAAGAGCCCGGAAACAUACUGGUCAGCGCCGGUGUCAGGCUUCUUAAGGUUCCUAAGCAACGGAUUAUACAACUUAGUCCAGCGGGAGCGUUAGAGGAAUUUGAGUGCAACUUUGUACAAAAUCACAGAUGUCCAAGUGAUGAUGAACUUUACCAGGAAUACUUGUCAGCGCAAGCCUGGCUCGAGUACCGUCAGAAAGUCGUUAAAAACGUCAUUGACUGUAAACAUGGACACUUCAUUGCGCAUGCGUCUUGUUUGUCCAAGGGCACUUCUGGAUGGGGGGCUUGGCCAGGGAAAGAAAUUAAGGCCCAAGAACCCAAAGAGGACAAAGAUCACGAUGAGUCUUGAUUGUCGGUCAGCAUUAGAAAAAAAGGAAAGUAGACAAUUCAUUGCGCAUGUGUACGUGGGUGUCCAAGGGCACUUCUGAAUAGGGGGCUUGGCCAGGGAAAGAAAUUAAAGGGGCACUUGGAUGAAAAUGGAUAAAAAUUGGAAAUGACUUUAAACUUAGUUAAACGUAUCUGUAUGGCCCCAAUAGUAGCCAAGCAACAUAUUUUCUUCACAGUAAAAUGUGUCGGAUAAAAAUUAUCAAUUUUAUUUUAGCAUCUAAAUUGUGAGUAAAUCACGUCAUUUACUCAACCCUAUUGAUUUUUUUUCUUUUGACCCAAAAUUUCUCAACUGCAARUGGMUCCCAGGCGAAAAUUUUCAMUAAUCUGGUUUACAUAAUCAUAAUAAGCCUGAAGCGAGAUGACGUUUUACCCCCGUCUCUAGACCAUAAUCCUUUUCAUAUUGCUUUUGUUCUUUAAUU